CAUUUAUUGUGAAUGGUGAGAAUCAUCAUGCAAAUUAUGUUGAAUUUGUAACAACAUCACAUGCUUUUCUUGCUUCCAUACUUGUCAUACCUUUAAACUCAUCUUCUUUUACCUAGCAAAGACCAUUUUCAGAAAAACAUGGUGAGGUCUUCAAGUUGUGAAAAAAAUAGUGUCAUCAAAAGAAGUGUAUGGAUUGCAGAAGAAGAUGCAAAGACACCUUCAUUUGUCUCAGAGCAUGGAUCUGUUAAUUUGACUUCUGUCCCUAAAAAAACAGGUGUUAAAAGGUAUGGAAAAAGUUGCAGGCUUAGGUGGAGUAACUCCAUGUCUGAUCCAAAGCAUGAUGAUAAGUUCACAUCCCAAGAAGAAGAUCUAAUUGUUAAGCUUCAUGCAGCCAUAGGUAGUAGGUGGUCUAUCAUAGCUCAACAACUACCUGGGAGAACAGACAAUGAUGUUAAGAACAAUUGGAACACAAAGCUGAAAAAGAAGCUGUCUCAAAUGGGGAUAGACCCUGUUACUCACAAGCCUUUCUCUAAACUAAUUGUUGAUUAUGGAAAUAUAGGUGGUGCUAAUUGUCAUAUUAAUCAAGACUUUAGGAAUCAAAGAUUGAUCAGAAACACAAAUGACCUAUCAAAGCAAUUGCCACCCAAAAUGGAAACAGUUAUGAAUCUUUGUCAGUUCCAAACCAGUAAUAAUAAUAACCCAACAUCAAUGUUUGUGGAAGCAUUCUUGUCGUCGUCGUCGUCAACACCAUUACCUACCUUAUCUCCUUGUUCCUCCACUUCAACACAAGAAACAAACUUUUCUGCACCAUUUAGUUGGAAUGACUUUCUUCUACAAGAUGCUUUUUCACAAGAUGCACCUACUAAUAACCUGCAAGAACAACAAAUUUUAGGUGGAUUGUUAUCAAAGAAAGAGGUCGUGUCACACCAAGUCUCAUCAUCCUCGGACAUUUCAUUCGUAGAGACCAUACUCGAUCAAGAAAAUGAGAUGUUUCUAAGCUUUCCCGAACUUUUGGAGGAACCAUCCAAUUACUAAUCAGUUCAAAAUUUCGCAAUAUUUUUCCAAUAAGGCAGAGAGUAUCAUUUCACCAGCUGCCAAUGACAGUAAUUAACGAUCAAGCUUUGUUUGUUAGCUUAUGUUCGAAGUUCUUAAUCCUUGAACCAUGUAUAUCAUGUCCGUGUGUUUUAAUAAUUAUUCUUGUUACAAAAAAAAAAAUCAUUCUUGAAUUUGUUCAUAGGUGACAUACUGAUUUUUUGAAAAGACUGACACUCCCUUUAACAACCAAUCCAUCGAAUCAUCAAUUCUCGGCAAAGACUUCAGACGCAUCUUUUAGUCAAUAUACGCAAUUGUCUCGAAUUUCAUUAUAUUUUUUCGAUAACUUCAAGUCUAUUCAUUUGCCGACAUCAAUAAACGUUGCUAAAUAGGAGUAU